GGAUAAACAGGUUUUGUAGCCGUGGCAGCGGCUGAGGAGAGGCGAGCCGGCCAGGCACUGACUGCUGCCCACCGCCGAGAGGAGCUGCCUGUCAACAUCAGCCUGGGCCGCAGCGCACCACCGCCACGGGUGGGCAGCUAGACCGUGUGUCCUCCAGGGCAGGCGCCAUGUUGCAUUCAGCUCUGUACCCCCAGCAUCUAGCAGUGUGGGCACGUGGUAGGCACUCAAGAAAUGUGUUGAGUGAACGAUGCCUGUGACAAGCACCUGGACUUUAUUCUUUCCUGACCCUUGCUCCUGUGACACACCUCCUCCUGACUGUCACUGUCACCCCUUCAAAGCAGAACUUCUCUAGGGACUCUGGAAGGGAAACAGCUAUGGCCAAGGACAUCCUGGGGGAAGCAGGGCUGCACUUUGAUGAGCUGAACAAGCUGCGAGUGUUGGACCCAGAGGUCACCCAGCAGACCAUAGAGCUCAAGGAAGAGUGCAAGGACUUUGUGGACAAGAUUGGCCAGUUCCAGAAAAUAGUUGGUGGUUUAAUUGAACUCGUUGACCAACUUGCAAAGGAAGCAGAAAGCGAGAAGAUGAAGGCCAUUGGUGCUCGGAACUUGCUCAAGUCCAUAGCGAAGCAGCGAGAGGCCCAGCAGCAGCAGCUGCAGGCGCUCAUCGCGGAGAAGAAGAUGCAGCUGGAAAGGUAUCGAGUUGAAUACGAAGCUUUGUGUAAAGUAGAAGCUGAGCAAAAUGAGUUUAUUGACCAAUUUAUUUUUCAGAAAUGAACUGAAAACUUAAUUUUUAUAGGAGGAAGGCAAGAAAAAAGCCCCCCAACCCCCCAAAAAACCUGUACCAGGCCCUGGGAGACAGUGUCCCAGAAGGCAGUGUGCGGGGAGCUGGUUUCUAAAGGUCCGUGCCCGGCCCCUGCCGCCGAGCACCGGUUCUCACCUCUGCCACUCAGUCUGAACUAAACUCAUACAGCUUUGGAAAGAAAAGCAAUAAAUUAUUUUCAAAUGGUUUGACCUA